CUGUGUGUGUGUUUCGAAGACUGUGAUUAGUCUUAAGUAUUUGGAUCCAGACGAAUUUCUCUUUACCAAAAUAACCAUGAUGAAUUCCUCGUUGCCACAAUAUUUGGGAGAAUUGAAUUUUUGGUCCUUUAUAAACUUUAUUUAGUUUUAUGAUAUUUUUACAAGAGAUCUUUGUUUGUUUACACAUAAGUGAUCUAAAAAAAAAAAAAGAGAUUUGAAAAAAAUUAUUUUCUUCCAUUCAAACCGUAAGAGAGUAGGAGAUUUUAUUUUUCACCAAUGAUUUGCCAACUAAGAGUAAAGUGUCAAAGUCUGAGGUCUUAGUGUCUUACUACUCAUAAAAUUGAAAAUUCAAUUGGAUUGUUCCUGGCACUAAAAAAAUGAGAAAGGAAAGGUUUCACUCUACUCACAAUGAGAGGAGUUACAUAUGUGGCCUCCUUAGCUUUUAUUGCUUUAAAGAUCCCGCUUGCUUCACACCUAUAUAUGAUAGAGAAAAUACUUGUCUAUUUUAUUUCUCUUAGAGCCUGUUUGGAAAGCCACCUGGUAAUACUACUGGUAGGAGUUUCCCCCAUAUAAAUGUGAAUUCAAUUCUGUUUAUGUACUUUAUUCGCUUUAAUUUAUGUGAACAUAUUUGAUUGGAGAUGAAGAUUAAGAGCCCUUUGGAUUGGCUUAUAAGUUGCUGAAAAUAGCUUAUAAGGUGUUUUCAGCUUUUUUGAGUGUUUUGCUGGCCAGCUUAUAAGCUAUUUUGUACUUAAAAUAAGCCCAAAAAAAUAAUUGGACCCCUUUGACUUAGCUUAUCUAAAGCAGCUUAAAAGCUGAAAAGAGCUUAUAAGCCAAAAAAAUAAGUUGGGCUAACCCAACUUUUUUUUUUAGCUUGUAAGUUGUUUUCAGCUUAUAAGCUGCUUUUUUUAAACCCAUCCAAACAGGCUCUAAGAAAUAUGAUUUUUUUUUAAACCUGUAGCCUUGAAUAUGCCAUAAGAUCUCUUGCCCUUUUACAAUUUGAAUUAAAAAAUAGACUUUUCAGAUCUCUUAUAUGUUUUUUUUUUCCAGACCCUGAUAAAAGAGUCAUAAAACUAAUUUUUUUUAUAAAGGAUCAAAAAAAACCAUUUCUCCCUAAUUAUUUUUAUUAAAUGUAAAUAAGAAAUAAGUUCACACAAAUGAAGUAUCGUAGAUCAAAAAAAAAAUAGAAAAAAGAACACUCACCUAGCCAUUUAAUCUUCAAUUAUGCACAUAUGAGAUUUUCACGUCGUAUUUCGGUUAAAACACGCGUCAAACUCACAAAUAGGAGAAAAAUAAGAAAAUUAAACAAAAAAGGAAAUUGGAGUUCAACGUACGUAAUUAUAUUCUUCAAACAAUAAAUUGAUUAUUAUCAGUUUUGUUACCCAUGGGAUUAAACAUUUCGAUUUAAGCCUCAAAAUGAAUCAUCAUCAAAGAAGAAACUCCCUGCAUCAUCAAAUGCUUUGACACUACUCUUCUCAAUUACUACUACUACUACUAGCCAAAUAAUCAACCAUACACUAUAUAUAAAUUAAUAUUAAUGGCUUCGAGUAAUCCAGAUUUUCCAGAAGGCACAGUACGUAACCUAAUGGAACAAGACACAUUAAAAUGGGUAUUUGUAGGUGGAAAAGGUGGUGUAGGGAAAACAACAUGCAGCUCAGUACUGGGGAUCCUUCUUUCACAAGUCAGAUCAUCAGUUCUAAUAAUAUCAACUGAUCCAGCUCACAAUCUUAGCGAUGCAUUUCAACAACGUUUCGCUAAAACUCCAACCGUCGUUAAUGGUUUCACCAAUUUGUACGCCAUGGAAGUUGAUCCAACUAUAGAGAAUGAAGAAGGCGGUUCAGAAGGAGUGGACGGUUUUUUCUCAGAUUUGGCGAAUGCAGUUCCAGGAAUUGAUGAAGCUAUGAGUUUCGCUGAGAUGCUAAAAUUGGUGAAAACAAUGGAUUACUCUGUAAUAGUGUUUGAUACAGCACCAACGGGACACACUCUCCGGCUGUUACAGUUCCCAUCGACACUAGAGGAAGGGCUUGCCAAAAUAAUGAGUUUGAAGAGCAAAUUUGGUGGUGUGCUAAGUCAGAUGACUCGUAUCUUUGGUGUUGACGAUGAAUUUGGUGAGGAUGCGAUUCUCGGCAAGCUUGAAGCCAUGAGAGAUAUUAUUGAACAAGUGAACAGACAAUUUAAGGAUCCAGACAUGACGACAUUUGUUUGUGUUUGCAUUCCGGAAUUCCUCUCUCUUUAUGAGACUGAAAGACUUGUUCAGGAACUCACUAGGUUUGAGAUUGAUACACACAACAUUAUAAUUAACCAAGUGCUCUUUGAUGUAGAAGUUGUUGAAUCCCAGUUGCUGAAGGCUAGAAUGCGGAUGCAACAGAAGUACUUGGAUCAGUUCUACACGUUAUAUGACGACUUCAAUAUUACCAAGCUGCCAUUGCUACCACAAGAGGUUUGUGGUGUUGAAGCUCUGAAAACUUUCAAGUAUCAUUUUCUAACACCAUACCGACCUUCUCGUGCGCGUUGUUCAGCGGAAGAGUUGGAGAGUGGAAUAGCCAAACUGAAAGAACAGUUGAAAGAUGCUGAAGCAGAAUAUGAAAAAAUUAGAAAAGGAAAAAAUCAGGUUCAAUGUUAGAAAGACUUUUCAAAUGUUGGGGAAAUAGUGUCAUUGAACAAAUUAUCGUGUUCUUUGAGGAUGUAUAAUUGUUUCAUUCAUUGCUAUCCAGAAGGCAAUAAAUAUGGCUCCUUGGUCUUACAAUAUGCUGCUUCUUUGAGGUAGUGGAUGAUUAGGAUCUUACAAAGAUCUUGGAUUUGUAAUGUAACUACCAAAUCCUUAUUUUAUCAGGAAAUAUUGGAAAACAAAACUCUUGAAGAA